GAGAGGUAGAGGGUGUCUGUGCUGCGUGCGUGUGGCUCGGGCGGGGAGAGGAGGAAGCCAGCGGAGCAGGCGGUGGGAUCCCGUGUGCCCUGCAAAGGUGUCAGCCCCGAGGGGACUGAGCUUGCCAGUCCACCUGGAGCGAGGUAGACUUGGGGGAGGCAGGCAAGGUCAGUUGCUAAGUGGCUCCCUCCUCGGGGAUGGUGAGGACGUCUGCUGCUCUCCAGUGCCUGCCUGGUGCCUCUGGGUCACACUCGGCUGUCUCCUCCCAGACACUUGAUUUUUCGAAAGGGACACACCUUUCUGCAGGAAGGAAGACUGGCCAGACUGCGAGCGUUUCCACCCCAUCUGUCCAGCAUUCCCGCCCUCCUCCGCACCCCGGGGAAGCGUGGCCCGUCUUCACCGUGAGGCUUUUGCCUCCUAAGCCUGGAUUUCCGGCUGGUUCGCUGGGGGUGGCUGUGGAUGCCCAGGCAGACUGACCCGGCAGGAGUGUUUGUGCAUGGGAUCGGAGACCAUGGCAGUGCAGCUGGUGCCGGACUCUGCUCUCAGCCUGCUGAUGAUGACGGAGGGCCGUCGAUGUCAAGUACAUCUUCUUGAUGACAGGAAGCUGGAACUCCUAGUACAGCCCAAGCUUCUGGCCAAGGAGCUGCUUGACCUUGUGGCGUCUCACUUCAACCUGAAGGAAAAGGAAUACUUCGGAAUCGCGUUCACCGAUGAGACGGGACACUUAAACUGGCUGCAACUAGAUCGAAGAGUGCUGGAGCACGACUUCCCUAAAAAGUCGGGGCCCGUGGUUUUGUACUUCUGCGUCAGGUUCUACAUCGAAAGCAUUUCCUACCUGAAGGACAACGCCACCAUCGAGCUGUUCUUCCUCAACGCCAAGUCCUGCAUCUACAAGGAGCUUAUUGAUGUUGAUAGUGAAGUGGUGUUUGAGUUGGCUUCCUAUAUUUUGCAGGAGGCAAAAGGAGAUUUUUCUAGCAAUGAGGUCGUGAGGAGUGACCUGAAGAAGCUGCCAGCCCUGCCCACCCAAGCCCUGAAGGAGCACCCCUCCCUGGCCUACUGUGAAGACAGAGUGAUUGAGCACUAUAAGAAGCUGAAUGGCCAGACAAGAGGUCAAGCAAUCGUGAACUACAUGAGCAUCGUGGAGUCUCUCCCGACCUACGGGGUUCACUAUUACGCCGUGAAGGACAAGCAGGGAAUACCGUGGUGGCUGGGACUGAGCUACAAAGGAAUCUUCCAGUACGACUACCACGAUAAAGUGAAGCCCCGGAAGAUAUUCCAAUGGAGGCAGCUGGAAAACCUGUAUUUCAGAGAAAAGAAGUUCUCCGUGGAAGUUCAUGACCCCCGAAGGGCUUCGGUGACGCGGAGGACAUUCGGGCACAGUGGCAUCGCGGUGCACACGUGGUACGCGUGCGCAGCCCUGAUCAAGUCCAUCUGGGCCAUGGCUAUCAGCCAGCACCAGUUCUACCUGGACCGAAAGCAGAGCAAGUCCAAGAUUCAUGCAGCCCGAAGUCUGAGCGAGAUCGCCAUCGACCUGACCGAGACAGGCACACUGAAGACCUCCAAGCUGGCCAACAUGGGGAGCAAGGGCAAGAUCAUCAGCGGCAGCAGUGGCAGCCUGCUGUCCUCAGGUUCUCAGGAAUCAGACAGCUCUCAAUCGGCCAAGAAGGACAUGCUGGCCGCCUUGAAGUCCCGGCAGGAGGCUCUGGAGGAGACACUGCGCCAGAGGCUGGAGGAGCUCAAGAGGCUGUGUCUCCGGGAAGCCGAGCUCACUGGCAGACUCCCUGUGGAAUACCCCCUGGACCCCGGGGAGGAGCCGCCCACUGUCCGGAGGAGAAUAGGCACAGCCUUCAAGCUGGACGAGCAGAAGGUCCUGCCCAAAGGAGAGGAAGCCGAGCUGGAACGCCUGGAGCGGGAGUUUGCCAUCCAGUCGCAGAUCACGGAGGCUGCCCGCCGCCUGGCCAGCGACCCCAAUGUCAGCAAGAAGCUGAAGAAGCAGAGGAAAACCUCUUACCUGAACGCACUGAAGAAGCUUCAGGAGACUGAAAAUGCAAUCAAUGAGCACCGCAUCAAGUCUGGGAAGAAGCCCACCCAGAGGGCCUCACUGGUCAUAGACGAUGGAAACAUCGCCAGCGAAGACAGCUCCCUCUCGGACGCCCUUGUUCUCGACGAUGAAGACCCUGCGGUCACCAGCGCAAUGUCCCCCUUACAGUCUCCGCACAAGGGACUCCCCCCGCGGCCGCCCGCGCUCCACAGGCCCGCGCCGCCCCAGUCCCUGGAGGGCCUGCGGCAGAUGCACUUCCACCGCGGCGACUACGACAAGUCGCCCGUCAAGCCCAAGAUGUGGAGCGAGUCCUCCCUGGACGAGCCCUACGAGAAGGCCAAGAGGCGCUCCCCGCACGGCCACGCCCAGGCCGGCAGCCACAAGCGCUUCCCCAGCACCGGGAGCUGUGCGGAGGCAGGAGGCGCCAGCCCGCUGCAGAGCAGCCCGGUCCGCGGCCUGCUGCACUGGAACUCGCAGUCCAGCAUGCCGUCCACCCCGGACCUGCGCGUGCGGAGCCCUCACUACGUCCACUCCACCAGGUCGGUGGACAUCAGCCCCACGCGCCUGCACAGCCUCGCAUUGCACUUUAGGCACCGCAGCUCCAGCCUGGAGUCCCAGGGCAAGCUCCUGGGCUCGGAGAACGACACCGGGAGCCCUGACUUCUACACCCCGCGCACCCGCAGCAGCAACGGCUCAGACCCCAUGGACGACUGCUCGUCGUGCACCAGCCACUCGAGCUCCGAGCACUACUACCCGGCGCAGGCGAAUGCCAACUACUCGACGCUGGCCGAGGACUCGCCGUCCAAGGCGCGGCAGCGGCGGCGGCAGCGGCAGCGCGCGGCGGGCUUGCUGGGCGCGGCGCCCUCGGGCAGCAUGCCUGACCUGGCGCGCGGGGCGGCGGGCGGCGUGUACCUGCACAGCCAGAGCCAGCCGGGCUCGCAGUACCGCAUCAAGGAGUACCCGCUGUACGUGGAGGGCGGUGCGCCCGUGGUGGUGCGCAGCCUGGAGAGCGACCAGGAGGGCCACUACAGCGUGAAGGCGCAGUUCAAGACGUCCAGCUCCUACACGGCCGGCGGGCUGUUCCGCGAGGGCGACGCGGGCCGCCUCACGCCGUCGCGCUCCCAGAUCCUGCGGACUCCAUCGCUGGGCCGCGAGGGCGCGCAGGACAGGGGCCGCGCCGCGGUGUCGGACGAGCUGCGCCAGUGGUUCCAGCGCUCCAGUGCCGCGCAGCGCGAGCCCGGCCGCCUGUCACACGCCAGCUCCGCGUCCUCGGACAGCGGCUCGCAGCACAGCGCCUCCCCCCAGAGCACCUUCGUGGCGCACAGCAGGGUCACCCGGAUGCCCCAGAUGUGCAAGGCCACGUCAGCUGCCUUACCGCAAAGCCAGAGAAGCUCAACGCCGUCGAGUGAAGUUGGAGCCACCCCCCCAAGCAGUCCCCACCACGCCCUAGCCUGGCAGACGGGGAGCUACAGUGACAGCUGCUUCCCGGAUUCCUCCCUCUAUCCAGAACUAGCAGACGUCCAGUGGUACGGGCAGGAGAAAGCCAAGCCCGGGACCCUCGUGUGAGCCAGCCCGGCCCGCUCUGACCUCACUGCCUCUGUCUGCCUUACCCAGACGUACCGUCACCUGCACCAGCCUCGGCCCUGAGCACUGUUCCUCUUCGUCUCCGUGCCCCCUUCACCCUCGGAAGCCUGACUGAGGAGACAUUCGGGAAGCUUCCGGUCCCACUGUGUCCCUGGGCGCUGUCAUCCACAGAGGGCCAGACAGCAGUCCUCAGUGGCACCUUGGUGGCUCCCCCAAGCCAGGAGCUGUCGGGGUCUCUGGCUGGCGUGACACUCCCGCGGACACGCAGCACUGGCGGAGAACACGGAGGGAGACCAGCCUGUCCUCAUCAGCCGGCCAGACACUUCGGAGAGGCGGGAUUCCCCGGAACGUCCUAGUGAGCCGGCCUGGGCGUGCGUGCGGGCGGGUGGGCGAGCGAGGGAGGGAGCCCAGCACUUCCAAGCUGCAUUAGGACCAGCCAGUUCUGCGCUGCCAAAGAUUAAACAAAAGCGAACUGAGGAAGCGGCCAAGACGGAGACUUUCUCUCCGCAAGGAAACUUCUUUGCCAUUCCAAAGCACGCCUGCACACCACAAGCGGAAGUCAGCCAUCUGCAAAUCUCGUCCUCAUGACCCCCUCCCUGGCAGCCCACUCCUUCCCCACGAGGCCCUGCACACCGACCCCACUUAGCUGUCCGGACACCAAGCAGAACCGACCAUGGGGAGGAGCCCGCUGUGCAGGGCUCAGCCGCCCACCCGAGAGCCCUGGAGGUCUGUAGGCGCAUCGCUGGACAGCCAGUAAAAGCGUAACCUAUUUUUUGCACAAGGCAUUUCGUUUCCUUCUAUUUUAUGGGAAACCAAGGGAAAAGCACAUUGCAACCCAUUCGCGUGUUUACCUGUCGUGGCUCAUUUUAUGUUUGUCAGCACUUGUGUGGCCAAGAGCUCAGAUGCGACUUCUGGCCAACUCUGCCCUUAGGCAGGAAGGUCUUACACGUCUGCUAGCCAGUGGGCAGAGCAGGGUGGACAAAAACUCAGCUCCCGAAAGGCCCGCACACCUACAGCAGCAUCUGUCACCGCGGUGCAACACCCGAGUCUGCAGACACCAAGGGGGCACAAGAAGGAAGCAAACGUGCAGGAGCUGCUCCUUUACCUGUGUUUUGAGCUGUGCUUAAUACACAGCCGUGAAGCCAUCAGUCUGCAAAGGCCUCAGAGGACUUCUCUGCUAACUAACAAGUGCCCGAUCUCAGUCGGGUCGCUCGUGAAGGCACGUGAGGGUCUCGUGCAGGUGGCGCGUGGCGCUCGCUCCUUGGCGCAGUUGAGGGUGCGGGUUCUCCUCGGUUCCGACUUCCUGUUGGGAAGGCAUCUGCCGGCCAGGCCCGGGACGGGACGGGAGCCAGCGUGGGGCUAGUUUUGUGGGGAAGCAGAACUAAAGUUAGCUGUAGCAUCAAAAGGGAAAUCCUUGUUUUUCAUGUGUGCGGCAUCCCAGAGUAACAAGAGGCUCCCAGGCCAAGCGGGUUAGGAUGGUCGCCCACGAACUCACUGCCCUGCUGCGCCCCACCUGUGCGGCUGGGCUCAGUGCGCCCCGGAAGGAGCGGAGCCUCCACGGCGAGAGUGGGCCCCAGGCGGGCGCACCUCCUGCAUUUCUCUGCAAGACCCCAGGCCAGUGCCUGGCUGGGCACAGCUGGGCUGAGGAUUCCAGCUGUGGGAGGGACCUGGAGUGUCCCGGGACGGACACUCCAGGGGCAAACUACGGGAUUAACAGAAGUUGGCUGCGGUGUUACCAAGUGAAUCCGGGGCCUGACUGGGGCGGGGGGGGGGUGCUUUUAUUUUGACAGAGCUUUAAAGAGCAGAUUUGUGAGUCUUAGAGGGGGUGGGUUCCCCCUUCUCCAUUUGGAAACAUACAUUGGGUCAUUCUCCUUUUCCCAAAAGGAGACACAUGAAUAAUGAGACUGAACUGUGCGACAGGAAAAGUCAAGAGGGAGUGGAGAGGUGACAAGCUCACACGGCUAUGGGCUGUCCGACGUGUGCAGUGACUGGGAACCGAGUUGCAGUAAAGCGGGCCACGCUUUUAGCCCAGUUCACGUGCAGGAUGAGGAGGAAUUCCUGCAAACAUUCAGAUUACAUUUUAGAUCUGGGGGCAGAAGGAAUGGAGUGGGAGCAGGAGUCACAGUUCCAGCAAACAUCAUGAGUCUGUUAGUAAAGACGGAGAUUUAAGUAAAACAGGUUUUACUGUUUGGCUGUGUUGUUAGUGAGAUGUACAUAGCACGUUAGCCCCCCAAGACUAACAGGAUCAGUGGUCAGUGCGGUGGGACAUGCUGUAGUUAUGUAUACAAGCACUUGCAAACUCUUUAUAUCCCUAUUUCUUUAAAACAAAGUAAGACGGAGUAUGAGGCCCUGGUCUGACAGACAGCAAACCCUGUUGGUGAGAAGCCGCCUGUUAGCCCGUCUGGUGAAGAUGCUAACCGCAGACUGUGUUGUGAGCGAGGUCCUUUUGUUUUCAUUGUUACACGCAGGUGAGUGUUGGAACUGUUAAAAUCCCCAUCUGUUUUCAUUCAGUUAGUUUAGUUCUACACAUAGCAACCCCCCCCCCAGGUGCUAUCUGACGACCAAUUACUGCUUAGGUAACUAGGUGUGAAGUUUUACAUACCCAUUAAUGUCAAUAGUUUAUUACAAGUUGUGUAAAAUGGACUCUGAUCAUGGGAAAAGAUUAGGUUGCUCCUGAGACUGACUGUAGAGCAUGUAAAAUGAUUUACUGGGUUCUGUUCCGCUGUCGUCAAUGAAAAAAAUGUAUGUUGUAGACAAAGUUGCAGAAUUAAAAAGAAAUCUGCUUUUAAUUUAUUCUUUUUGUAUUAAGAAUUUGUAUAGUACCUUUACAUUUUGCAAAAACAGUGUUGUCAACACUUAUUAAAGCAUUUUCAAAAUGAAAAGA